AUGGUACAGGAAAGAUUCGGGACAGCUGCCGAGCGGAAACGAACUGCGGUUCAAGUAGGUUGUGGUUAUGCUUAUGAGCUGCCCACCACCCCGGAACCGACCCCGGAAGCAGCCUGUCUUGCGGACACAACAGCGUUGGGUACGGUUGAUCCGCCUGCUGGUCCAGAGGGUGGGAUGGAUGCAUGGAAGCACUCCACCGUGACUGAUAUGCACGUGUUUCAACAGCUCAUUCAACUCAGCAUCAUUGCGCACACCGAGCAUGAUGUGACGGGGAGUGAUAGUCUUCCUGCGGGCCAAAGCGAAUGGGGAAACAUAGAAUUAGAAAAGAAAGCGAGGCGGAAGCAAAACAAUACACAAAACAAAACAAAUGGAGUACACGAACCCAUUGACAGCACUGGGUCUAUCGGUUACUUUCGAUUCACCGAUGGGAAGGCUCGUAUUCCUACUCAGCAAUCCCCGCAUGACUUAACAUUGUAUAGCCAAGAAUAG